CGCGAUUUCUCUCCCUCUCUGUGUCUCUCUAAGUCAAAAACCCUAAUCCAAUUAACCCCCAAAUUCUCCCUUCAAAUCCCCAAAUCAAAUCAAAACCUAAAAAUCCAAUCACCCAAAAAUGCAGAACCAAAAAAGGGUACUUUGCUCUGAAAAUGAAGACCUUGUAUCUUACAUGCUACAAAAGAGGCAAGAAUUGGUAGAAAGCCCUAAAGGGUUAUCAGAGAAUUUGGAAAUGACACUUUCCAAGGCCUAUAGCAGUGUGUGUUGUUCAACGACUCCUAUCAAGACCCUCAAGGAUUUAUCUCAAAUCAAAGGUGUAGGUAAAUGGAUAGUUAGGCUAAUGGAAGGGUUUUUUGAUAACGGUUCAGGGAGUUCUGAACCAGAAGACUUGACCAAAAAGGGUAAGAGAGCACAAGUAGCAAAACGUUAUCUGCCACAAAGGAAUUCUGUGUCAUAUGCCUUGCUUAUAACCCUGUACAGGGAGACUGUAAACAGUAAAGAAUUUAUGCAUAAACAAGAGCUUAUUGAUGCUGCUGAAGUGAGCGGACUUUCUCGGGCACCAAUUGUGCCAGAUAAGGGGAAAGGGAAACCUUCACAAUUUGGAAGUUCAAGGGAGUGGUACAGUGGAUGGAGUUGCAUGACGACAUUGAUAAACAAAGGAUUGGUUGUUAAAUCAAGUUGCCCUGCCAAAUACAUGCUGACUGAUGAAGGGCGGGAAACAGCACGUGAAUGCCUCAUUAGAUCUCGUAUGGAGGAUCCUGGAGAUAAUUUGGCUAAUUUAGAGGGGUCUUCUGAUCUGAACAUGCUUAAUACAUCAGAUAUGGAGUCUGCUCACCCUGAUUCAGCUAGGGGAGCGACAUUUACAUCCGUUGCCUUAAGUAGGCAGAAGAAAUCAAUAGAUGUUCCCCUUGAAUCACUUGAGAGGUUUGUGCGCAUGGGGUACUCCAAAGAAAAAGUUCUUCUUGCUUUUUCUGAAGUCUCAGAAACUUCCCAGUACAAGGAGAUAUCAUUACUUUGGCCAGCUGUUCUGUGUCAUCUUCGAGAAGAUCUCAUUUAUGGUGUGCAAUCAGAGCCUCAAACUCUAACAGAAGACUUCCGAUCAACAUCAACUGCUUGCACAUUUUCAAAUGGUCAAGUUGAUCUUGCUACUAAGAGCAAUCAAAUGGGUUCCAAUUGCGACGGUCGAAAUAUGCCAAAUCUCACUUCUGCCUGUUCCACUUCUAGUUCAUUUUCCAUGAGAGCUUGCUCAUCAUCUGAGCAUGCUAUGAAAAAGUCAUCUUCGGACCGCUUGGAUACAAAUAUGAAUGUUUUAAGUUUGCCACCUCUGAGCUUGGGGGAGAGAUUUGAGGAUGUAUAUGAAGUUAUCCUAAUAUUGGAUGAUCGAGAGCAGUUUGCCAUUCAGUGUUCGAGGGGUAGGAAACUUAUUGAGUUCAUUUGCAAGGAGCAUAAAAUCAAAAUACAGGUUAGGCGGUUACCAGUUGGAGAUGGAAUCUGGAUAGCUUGCCAUAAAUAUCUGCUCAGUGAAUAUGUUCUUGAUUUUAUUGUUGAGAGAAAGAAAGUUGAUGAUUUGCGUUCUUCAAUAAGGGAUAAUCGUUAUAGAGAUCAGAAACUGAGGCUUCUUAGAUGUGGACUCAAGAAGCUGAUAUAUCUUGUUGAAGGUGAUCCAAAUUCUUCUGAAGCUGCUGAAAGCAUCAAAACAGCCUGUUUUACAACAGAGAUACUGGAGGGCUUUGAUGUUCAGAGAACAAAUUCCUUGCGUGAUACUCUGAAGAAAUACGCUCAUCUUACCCAGUCAAUAACCCAAUAUUAUAGUUUACCGCUGCCUGAGGACCAGUCCAAAAGCACCAGGGUUUGUCCUCCUUUUGAUGAAUUUAUCAAAAGGUGCCAAGAUCUGGAGAAAAUGACAGUUAGUGAUGUAUUUGCCAUUCAGCUCAUGCAGGUUCCACAAGUGACCGAGGAAACUGCUGUGGCUGUUCUGAAUUUGUAUCCAACACUUCUAUCUCUAGCCCGUGCCUAUUCUCUUCUUGAUGGUGAUGUUUCUGCUCAAGAGGACAUGCUUAGAAAGCAGAGUAGCAAUGCUGUCAGUGCAGUUGCCAGUAGGAACAUCUUCCAAUUAGUCUGGGGAAAAUGAUCAUUGACUUGAGUCUCGUUCCAUCAAAAUAAGAAACCGUAUGACAUGAAUAAAAUCAACCUGCUUCAUUUGCUUCCCCAUAUUCUUUUAUUUCCCCCCGCAAUGUAAUCAAAUGACAUAAAUGUGUUUUCAUCUUCUUUCUGAGCAGAUACAUGUACCGUGCUCUGCACUUAAAGUUGGAGCACCAUUCUGCAAAAUUCAUGGUUGUAAUCAUCUCUUAUCCCAUGUUUAGAUUCUUGUCUUUGUAAAGCUGAACAUGUGAUAAAGCUUCAACAACCAUUGAUUUAAUAAGAAAAUCAAUGAAUUUAUGUGAUUUAUUCCAUGUAAUGUCAAACUCGAUCUCAUCUAAACUACAUGAAAAAAUAUUAAAGGUUUUGAAUGCCAAGUGGUCGCCAUUUGCAUGAUCAACCUUACCAACC